AAUUCUACUUUUUCCUCCAAGCUAAUGGUGUUUCUCUCCUCAAUUCCACCGUCAUACUCCGAUUGAAAUACCUAGUUCCCAAAUCCCUAACCCUAACUUUAUUCGCUUUAUUUUAAAUUUCCCAUUUCGAAUUCCCUAUUUCAUUUUCAACCUGUUAUACUCUCAACUUAAAACGAUUCGCUUUUCGCUUUUGGUUUUGGUAUCGACUCGGUAGAUGGCCCGUGGUGAUUCAGCGACUUCACUGGCUCCUGGGUUCCGAUUUCACCCCACUGAUGAGGAACUUGUUCGCUACUACCUCAAACGGAAGGUUACCAAUAAACCCUUUCGGUUUGACCCAAUCGCUGUUGUCGACAUCUACAAAACUGAGCCGUGGGAUCUCCCAGAUAAGUCAAAGUUGAAGAGCAGGGAUUUAGAGUGGUAUUUUUUCAGUAUGCUGGAUAAGAAGUAUAGCAAUGGUUCUAAGACAAACCGGGCCACAGAGAAAGGAUACUGGAAGACAACUGGGAAGGACCGCCCUAUUCGCUGGAACUUCCGAACUGUGGGGAUGAAGAAGACCCUUGUGUACCAUCUUGGACGGGCUCCACGCGGUGAGCGUACCAAUUGGGUAAUGCACGAGUACCGCCUUGCUGAUGAGGAUUUGGAGAAAGCUGGAGUCGUUCAAGAUGCAUUUGUACUGUGUAGGAUUUUCCAAAAGAGUGGAACAGGGCCGAAGAAUGGAGAGCAGUAUGGGGCUCCAUUUGUUGAGGAGGAAUGGGAUGAUGAUGAAGUGGUGGGUAUGUUGUUACCUGGGGAGGACAUGGUGGUGGCUGAUGAAGUGGUACUUGGUGAUGAUGUAUGUGCGGAAAAUGACCUUGACCAGAAUGUUGAUGGAGUUUCAUCUGAAAAUGCUAUCCUUCCUGUGAACUACUACCAUGGAGAAACAAACAAUUAUGUGGAGGCCUCUGGAGAUUUAAGUGUAGAUGAUCAGAAGCCUAUAAUUGACCAGGGGACAGUCCAGUAUGGUUCUGAUCUUCCAGAUGAUCAAAGCUUAUUUGUUUUACCUGGGCAAUAUGACAUUGAUGCAAAAUCAGUACGCCAUGAAUAUAUUGCUGAAUCAAGCAACAAUGCUAAUGUUGUUGAGGACAAUUUCAUGCUUGAUGAACCAUUCUUUGAUGCUAUUGAUAAUCUUCCAUUCAGUGAAGGAUUGUUCCUGGAAGCUAAUGAUCUGUCAAAUCUUGUGGAGCCAGAUUCUACUGGAGAUUCUACAAUUUUUGAUGUGGUUGAUGAGUACCUCAAUUUCUUUGAUGCUAAUGAUGACAACCUGACUUUUGAUCCUUCUGAACUUUUAGGCACUGAUAGUACUGCUACUGAUCAAGCUCCUCUAUCUGAGAAUAUUAAGGAUGUGAAUGGAGGAACUGAGGAAGUGCCAAUGGCAACUGAAAAACUGUUAGCAACAUAUGGCAACACUGAUGCAUCCUCCUCGAAGCAACAAAAGCCAGAGGCGACAAAGAUUGAGUCGGAUAUCAAAUACCCAUUCAUGAAGCAGGCCAGUCACUUGUUGGGCAGCAUUCCUGCACCUCCUGCAUUUGCUUCUGAGUUCCCUAUCAAGGAUGCAGCUCUACAUUUAAAUGCUGCACAAUCAUCCAGCUCAAUUCAUGUUACUGCUGGUGUUAUUAGAAUAGAAAACAUCACUUUUGGCAGCAGUGGCAUGGACUGGUCAUUUAGCAAGAAUGCAAAUGUCAAUGUCAUCCUCUCUUUUGGCAUGUUGCAAGACAAUGCAAGUUCAACUCCGACCAGUUUGGUGCCAAUAGGGAGCUUAUUCACGAGCAAGACAUUGUCUCUCUUGUCGCAGAGCUGGUUCUCCUUGAUGUGCUUUUGGGUCCUAAUUCUUUCAUUGAGUUACAAAAUUGGGACCUGCGUUUGUACCAAGUAAUGUGCAUGGUCGUUGAAGUUGGCCUGGAUAAACUCAAACUGUUCCCUUAGUUGAAUUCUCUCUGGGGAUUGGCUGAUCCUGAAUCCCAUAUUAGGUUACUUAGAACAGCAAACUGUUACAUAUUCUUUAUAUUUAACUACCAAACCUGAUAGUUGGUGUGUUUUGACCUACAUUUUUCAUUGUAAUUUCAUAGAAAUGCACACAUUACGUAAUUGUAGGAUAGAAUUUUAUGUUACUUAUAUGUAUAACCUGCUUUUAACUGUUUGGCUCAGUAUUAUAGAUAGUUUGUGAGGACAUCCUUAAUUA